CCUCCCCCUGUCAAGUCUCCACCUCGAUUUCUGUAUACCAGUCAGACUUUCACUCAUCAGGCUUCAUAUUGCUGUGAUUUUCGUGUUUAUUGCAACGUCAGCAAAGGGCGUCCAUGUGAUCGAGAUCAGUCAUGGAGGAACCACAGCGAAUCGAUCUGACCUAUAUCACGGAACGCAUCAUCACCAUUUUCUGCCCUCUUGAAUGUCCAGAAGAGAUCUACGUGCAGAACCUGGAGGAGAUUAUUCACAUGCUGCAGUCCAAGCAUGGACACCACUACAUGGUCAUCAACCUCUCACAGAAACACGAAACUCUCACCCGAAUGAACCAUAAGGUUUUGGAUACAGGUUGGCUGGAUCUCCGGGCCCCUGACCUGGAGCAGAUCUUCAGUGUGUGCACGACGAUGAAGAACUGGCUGCAAACACAUCCAAAGCACGUCCUGGUGUUACACUGCAGGGGAGGUAAAGGCCGGCUCGGAGUUCUGGUGGCUUCUUACAUCCACUUCAGCAACAUGUCAGCCAGUGCAGACCUUUCUCUGGACCACUUUGCCAUGAGGAGGUUCUACAAUGACAAACUGUCUGCUCUGAUGACCCCGUCGCAGAAACGGUAUGUGUGGAUGCUGGGGAGCAUGUUAAAGGGAGGACUGAGGAUGUGUCCCUCUCCGUCUUUCCUUCUGUGUGUUGUCCUUCACAGUCUUCCCAAAAUAAGACCAGAUGGAGCGUGUUGUCUCUUCCUGAGAGUCUACCAGAGUCUACAACCUGUUUGCACAUCAGCAGUCUACCACGUUAAUGCGGCUCAGACAGACCGCCUCUACAUUGUGCUCCAGCCAGCUCAGCUGCUCAAAGGGGACAUCAUGGUGCUUUGUUAUGAUAAAAACAGCCGCUCAGCCAGCCGGCAGGUCGUCUUCCGUCUCCAGUUUCAUACGGGACUCGUAUACGGAAACAGCCUGACCUUCUGUAAGGCGGACCUCGACUGUGCCAGUGAAGAUCCCCGGUUCCCAGAAGAUGGAAAAGUAGAACUGUUGCUUUCUGACAGCCCUGAAAAGAUAACAGGCAGAGAGCUGUGGCACAACGGCCGCUGUGUGACGGUGGACUAUGACACCUUGGACCCUUUGGUUAGAAGAGAUUCAUAUCAAGACACAUCUUCUCUUGAAACAGCUUCACCUCAUCUCCUGGACCCUGGACUGAGGAAGAAGAGUAGUGAGGAAGGGUCUUCAUUCCGCCUGGCCACCAGCAGCCCCAGCCGCAGCGACCGAGCCAGCAGUGAUUCGGGCCUGUCUGUUGCCUCACAGGGGCGCACCGGAGCCACGCAGAGGACAGGGGCUGCACGGGACAAGUGUACCCAGGCAGGGAGGCGGCUCUCUGGGCUGGACUUUGAGAUUGCUCAGCCUCUUCUGGAGGUCAUGACUGAGCUUGCUGCGUCCGGCAGAGGGGAAAUGACUGGAGACGAGUCUGGACUAGGACACACUAUCAAUGGAGAGGCUUCAUCCAGCGAGAGGGAAACGGAUAUAUUAGACGAUGAGGAUGAAGUAGAUGAAGCAGCGCCUGCUUCGGACCUGCCGAGCUCAAGCAGCAUCUGCUCCCUCUCCUCUGAGAACCUGCCUGAAGCUCAGACAUCAGCCCACGCAGAGUACUCCACACACUCCUGGGUUUGGCAGCAGCAGAUGGUUGACGUCGUCGUCACUGAUGCCUACCUUGGAGUCGAUGGGGAGGAGAGGUUGAACAGGGUGAGGAAACAGCGGCCGCCGCCUCUGGUAGCUCCUGACACACCACGCCGAGGACUCAGCAGCAGGGAUGCAGUGCAGAGAGGGCUGGUGGACGAGGACGCCACGCAAAACACAGAUGUGACACACAACGUGGACUCUGUCAACACUACGCACGCUUCGUCUUGCCAAGAAGAGGAUUUGUCAGAUAUGUCGACAGACAUCGACGAGUCCAUAGAGCAGCUGAACCAGCUGAUUCUGGAUUUGGACCCCACCUUUGUUCCUGUUCCUACCCGCUGUGCCCCCCUGUCCCGCUCCGCCUCCCUACACACCAACGGCCUCAGCAACAGCGGAAAUACCCGUCGGUCAGGUUGGAGGCAGCAGAUGCAGAUCAGUGAUGUGACCGACUACGCUGGUCUCCAUAGUCCAGGAUGGAGGGGGGGUAGCGCUCAGAGCUUCAGAGGCUCCCCAGUCUACAGUCCCCCCUACUCACCAUCUCAGCAUGGGCAUCUCUACCAUCGGGGACAGACAGAUAGCUCUGACAUUGUCCCUUCUACUCCGGCCUUCCCAGUGACUCCUCCGACGCCCUACGUGAAACAUUUCUCAGAGUUUUCCCAGCUCAGGACUGGUGGACAGUGGGACCAACACAGCUGGACACAAGAUUCCCGGAGUUUCCUGGUGGACAGCAUGAACCACGCUGGCAGCUCCACAGAGGGAGAGCUCUUCAGAUCAGAAGUGUCGGCCACUCCUGCUUCCUGUCAGAGGAUCUUUGGCUCCAUGUGCUCCAUGUCAUCAGACAGCCCCCUCCCACACACAGACAGCCUCUCGCUCCUCUGCAGCUCCACUCCUCCUCCUGUGUGGUACGACCGGACUCCAAGCUCCCUGAACUCCCCGUUUCCCCCCCAGCCCUCACCUCCUCCCUCCCUCAGCACUCCCAAUGCCCACAGCUCCCCGCGGGGGGCUCUGAGAGGCCUGGGCAGAGGCCCAGGAGUCCGCGGGGAGACAGACAGCGGAGACUUGUCCUCCUUGUUGUUGGGGAACGGCAGCCUGGAGCACAGCCUGCUGGAGGCCAUGGAGGGCCUCGGGAGUCUGAACCUCGGGGGAGACGGGCGCCUCCCUCCACUGCUGCCUGAGAAGAGGAGAGUGGGUGAGGGGGGGGAGCUCAGCUCCCGCUCCCCCUCUCUGAGUGGGUUUUCUAGCCCUCACAGUGGCAGCAGUCUCAGCAUCCCUUUCUCGUCCCCCAUGACCCCCGACCCCCUCAGAGGACUCAGUGGGGCCCAGUCGCCCGGAGCAGACUUUGGCAGUAAGCAGGACACUGUGAAGUUUGUUCAGGACACUUCCAAGUUCUGGUACAAGCCCGACAUUUCCAGAGACCAAGCCAUCGCAGUGCUGAAGGACAAAGAGCCGGGCUGGUUCAUUGUCAGAGACAGCCAUUCGUUUCGGGGGGCGUAUGGAUUGGCCAUGAAGGUGGCCACGCCUCCUCCGUCUGUGUUACAACAGAGUAAGAAAGGGGACCCGUCCAAUGAGCUGGUGAGACACUUCCUGAUAGAGUGCACACAGAAAGGAGUUCGUCUCAAGGGCUGCCCCAACGAGCCGUACUUUGGAAGUCUCACAGCUCUGGUGUGUCAGCACUCCAUCACUCCUCUGGCUCUGCCCUGUAAACUCAUCCUGCCUGACAGAGACCCGGUGGAGGAGCUGACCGACUCGCCUGUACAGACGGCGACAAACUCAGCAGCUGAGCUCCUCAAACAGGGAGCAGCGUGCAACGUGUGGUACCUGGGCUCUGUGGAGCUGGAAUCUCUGACGGGACACCAGGCGGUUCAGAAGGCGACCAUGAUGACGCUCUCCAUGGACCCUCCGCCUGCUUCCACCGUCGUCCACUUCAAGGUGUCGGCACAGGGAAUCACGCUCACCGACAACCAGAGGAAGUUGUUCUUCAGGAGACACUACGCUGUCAACACCGUCAUCUUCUGCUCUCUGGACCCACAGGGCAGGAAAUGGACAAGAGGCAGCGGUUCUACUGCAAAGAUCUUUGGAUUUGUCGCCAGGAAAUCUCAGAGUGAGACUGAAAAUAUAUGCCACCUGUUUGCCGAACACGACCCCGAGCAGCCGGCGAGCGCCAUCGUCAACUUCGUCUCAAAAGUUAUGAUUGGGUCACACAAGAAGUGAGGAGAAAGAGACUCCCUGCAGAAACCCCUAACACACACACACACACACACACACACACACACACACACACAGUGCGUUUCACUAUCUUUGUGGGGA